AUACGACUUUCACUUGUUUCUUGAUUCCAGUAGGUAAGGUAUAUGGUAUAUUCAAAUACAAAUCAAUAUACACCUAGUGCGGUUGUGAUAUUUGGACGGUUCAUUUACGUAUCAUUAUUCUUGUAUUGUUUUUUCUGUCUAUCGAUUCCGAGAUGAAGAAGUCGUUAAUAAUAUUGCCUUUCUUACUGUCAAUUGGCCUUUGUGACGUACAUCUUCUUGUACCUGAAGAACAUACACCGCCACCACCUCCGAAGCCAUAUGCGUUUGGAUACGCUGCUGGAAGGUUCCCGGGGCACAUAGACAGAACCCACUCCGAAGUAUCCGAUGGAUCUGGGCUUGUUCAAGGAUCAUAUUCCUACGUAGAUCCCAAGUUCAGAAUCCGCAAAGUAGACUAUGUUGCCGAUAAAGAUGGAUUCCACGUCACAUCCAACGACGACGUACCAGCCCUUCCAUCAGAUACACCAGUAGUGGCAGCUGCUAAAAUUAACCAUCUCAGAAAAUAUGCAGCAAUUGCAGACGCACAACAAGCAUCACCUGGACAAGUCUUCGUGCCUGCUGAUACAGUGGCUGUGCAAUAUGCCAAAAACAAACAUUUGUCUCUCUAUGAAAAGAUUGCAGCAGACCACGCGAGGAUAGCUGCAGAACUGGAAGCGGCCAAGCAUGAGGAGGGACAUGGUAAUGAGGUUGGCGAUGGAUUGUACGGUCAUGUUUAGUUUUUUUGUUAAAGUGUAUGUAUUGUAAAAUAUUUAUGUCUAUAGUUACUUAAUAAAUAGAUUCCAAAGUACCGUAAA